AUGCCCCAGCCGACUCAUCCCACACACCACCUGCGCACUAUGACAGAUGGUGAGGGUGAGACUCUGCUGAUCGACGAGGCCAACGAAAACCUGGGCGUAUUCAUUGCCGGGUACGACGGCAUUGACGGUAUCUACGACAAGCAUAAUGUUGACACUGCGUCGGGCACCAUGACCUGGGCCGACAUCCAUGACGGCGUCUACGCAGUAAUCGACCUCGCCCACCCGAACCACCACACAGUGUUCAACUCUGCUGGAUCUCCUAUUGAGACUGCGAGCUACGCGCUGUCCUCGGCUCCGUACAAGACCGAGCCCACACACCACUUGCGCACCUUCACUAACCACAAGAGCGAGACACUGCUUAUUGACUAUGCUGUCACUGAUGCUGCCGUCCUCGAGAUUGGCGUUGAGGGCAUCGACGGUAUUUAUGAUGCUGACGAUGCCGAGCCGCACUCAGGUACCGACACCUGGAUCAACGACUAUGAUGGCGUUAUGGCUGUCAUCGAUUACGCGCAUCCCAACUUUUAUACCGUCUUUGACACCGACGGCAAGCCCAUUGAGACUAUCAGCUACCCGCUGCCAACUCGCACCCAUGCCUAA